AUGCGGGGUGUUGGUGCAGUGAGCUUGGUGGUUGGUGUGUGGUCUAAUGUAUUGCACCUCGUCUUGUUUUCGUCGGAAACAAAGACCACCUCCUGGGGAGGAUUGAGGAUUCGUGAGUACUCCAGUGCGCCAGUGACAACUGCUUUGGCUUCCUCGGGCAGCGCAUUGGUGCAAGAAGAAGGAGAUGGAGAAGUUGGAGGAAGUAAGAGAAAGGGGGAGGAGGAGCAGGAGGAGGAGGAGGAUGGGACCGCUGCGGCGAGGGUGAUAAGAUAG